GCCACUCAAAGGGCUUCAGAUAGCCACAUCAUCAAUCUUCUCUCUUCCUCCUCCUUCCACCAUGACCAUCGCAUUUGCCCCAACUUCCAAACCGCUCCCGCCGGUGCGUGCAAUUACUGCCGCAGCCACUAGCGCCUACAACGCUUCCUCCUCUUAUACUCCCUGCUCUUCUUCAUUCAGCAACCGCAGCCAGAUUCGGUUGCGAAACGAGAGAAAAUCGUCGCCGCUUUUAAUAAAGUGUGGCGGCGGUGGCGCAGUGCAAGAGAUUGAUGAGAGUCAAUUCGCCGACGUCGUUUUGAAGUCUACGUGCCCUGUCCUUGUGGAGUUCGUCGCUACGUGGUGUGGUCCCUGCCGUUUGGUUGCUCCAGCGGUUCAAUCACUUGCUAAGGAAUAUGAGAGCAAACUGACAAUCGUGAAGGUCGAUCAUGAUGCAAACCCUGGACUGAUUGAGGAAUACAAGGUGUAUGGGUUGCCUGCAUUGAUCAUGUUCCAGAAUGGAAAGGAAAUUCCUGAGAGCAGGAGGGAGGGUGCAAUAAGCAAGAGUAAACUUAAAGAGUAUAUAGAUAAAUAUCUAGAAUCAGUAUCUGUUGUUUAGAGUUCACAGCUCAACUGCUUUUCCUGCCGGUGUGUUCCGAACGAAGAUGAGAUAUUUCGCUGCUCUGGUGGACAGAUUGUUCUUCCGUAAACUGUAUUCAAUCCGACCCUCUUACAGCUAAAGUAGAUGCCGCCAUAUGUUUAUGUUGUAUAUUUCCUUGAGCUGUUUAUAGGCGGAAAUGUCCAGUAACAUAGUAUUUGAAUAAAGUGGAUUCUGCAUAUUGCGUUGUAUGAAUCUAUACAAUGGCUUUUGUAAGUGAACUGUAUUAUGCUAAUAAAAUAAUUUUGGUACUUAUAUAAACA